CACAAGAUCAUUUACUCUUGGCACAAAAAGGAUUUGCAAGCUGACCCAGAUGCUGGGAACAAAAUCAUCCUGCUCUUCUCUGCCUCAAAGGCAAAGAAACCACGGCAGAGAGGAGACAGAUCUUUCCAACAUCAUAACAAUAACAGAGUUGGAAGGGACCUUGGGAGUCUUCUAGUCCAAUCCUCUGCUCAAGCAAGAAAACUUAUACUAUUUCAAACAAAUGGUUGUCCAAUCUCUUCUUAAAAACAUCCAGUGUUGGAGAACUCAUAACUUCUGGAGAAUCAUCCAUGGAAUCCAGAUUGGAAGCAAAAAGAAUGGAGAGUUCAUCCUCUGCCUACUAAAAGAGUGCACUUGAGCAAGAAAAAAGAAGAAGGAAGCUAGUCUCCAGAUCACACAGCAUGAUAAAGGACAAAGAAGCCUUUCAGAGACUGAAUUUCCUCUAUCAGGCAGCGCAUUGUGUGCUCGCCCAAAACCCAAAUAAUCAAGAGUUGGCUCGUUUCUACUGUCACACCCAAAACAACAUCAGCCGGCGGCUCGUCUUGAGACAGGACCCUUCCGUAAAAAGAACCAUCUGCAAAUCCUGCUUCUCUCUUCUCAUUCCUGGAGUCAGCUCAACUGUUCGUCAAAGAAAGCGCCGUCAUCAACGUUGGACUGUUGUGCAGUGCCUGAACUGUGGCCUAAGCAAGCGUUUCCUCAGUAACCCUGACUACAAGUUGUGGUCGGAGCAGCCUGAGGCAUUGCUGGAGAACCAAACGCCAGCCGGUGCAGGCACCAAAGGCCAGACCUCCAGUGCAGCACAAGAGCCACACAAAGCCUCCCAAAUGGGAAAGGCAACAGUCCCGAGUUCCAGUCCGUGCAGCCGUCUUGCCUCUGAGGAGAUCACAGCUGGCACCCAGUCAAUAGGAGCAAAGAAUGGGAAGUGACAUCUGCCUUGGGAUUGUUUCAUUUUUGUAACCCAGGAGUGAAUCACCUGCCUUGGAUGGAAGAAGCCAGCAAGAUGACAUUCAGGACAAGAGAAAGUCGAGGAAUUAUACUUUCCAAAAGUUCAACUUGCUACUUGAAGAACUUCAAUGAGUUGGUGGUCUUAAUUUUAGGAUAAACUUGGCAUCUUUGCUGAUCUAAUCCCUUGGGUGUUUUAUGCGUUUUUUUUUAAGCUUUAAUAUGACUAUUUUUGACAUGUUAAGUCUUUCCUAUUUUUUGCUGUCCAAUGCUGAAGUCAUUUCUGGUGAGAUGGGCAGCCAUACAUAAUUUAAUAAAGAAAUAUAUAUGCUGUACAACUAGAGCAGGGGUGUCAAACUCAAGGCUGGGGGGCCAGAUCCGGCCCAAGGGGUGCUUAGAUCUGGCCUGCGGGGCUGCCCUGGAAACAGUGAAGGACUGGCCUGCGGUGCCUCUGCCAGCAAAAAUGGAGCUCGGGAGGGCCUCAUUCGGGUCCUUCCGAGCUCCUUUUUUGCUGGCAGAGGGCUGCAGGAAGCUGUCGCAGCUGAAAACAGAGCUCAGGAGCCCAUUUUCUCUGGCAGAGCACUCAGGCCCCCCCACAGGUGCCCCCGACACAAGUGAGGUCGAGUUGGCCACGCCUACCUUGGCUAUGCCCACUCAAACACAACCCUGAUGCAGCCCUCAAUGAAAUUGAGUUUGAUACCCCGGAACUAAAGAAACAGAGGAACAGCCCACCCCCACGCUCUGGUCCUGAAAGUUGCUUCAGUGUAGCUUAUUUGUGUUUUUUUUAUUUGUUUGUUAAAUGUAUUUGACACGUAUUUCACUAUUCUACCACUGCUGUCUAAGAAUGUGCCCCCUUUUCCACUUCUGUGACCGGAGAAAUGCUUCUUUUCCAAUGCUGCCAGUCCUGACUUCAGUUUCUGCCACUCUUUUAUCUAGGUGCACCUCAGAUCUGAAGCACCGCUGAUGUUCCUGUCAGAAGAACUUAGUGAAAAGGUGACAAAAGAAAGUUUCAGCCUCAUGUCACUUUUGUGUACCAGAUAAAUUACCAGAAACUGGAAGUAAAUUUGUUUUUAAAACACGUGUACAGUA